AUGUCUUGUGAGAAUUAUAAACCAGCACAGCCCUUAGCUUUAAGGCAACUUAAUCAAAAAUAUGAAUUGGAUCAUAAAAAUAAGUUGAGAAAGAAGAAAAUAAAAUUUGCUGGAAAUUUUAAAGAGUCUUCAGAGCAGUUGGCAAUGGAGUUUGGCAGAAAUUCCAGCAUACAUGGCAUGAAUAGGCUAUUUCAAGAGGAUUCCAAUAAAUAUGAGAGAUUCUUUUGGCUUCUAGUACUUAUCUAUGCCCUCUUGGGCUCAGUUUAUGUCUGCCUCAUACUUUCCCAGCGCUUUAAUGCUGGUACCUUUCAAACUGUAGUUGAGAGUACCAAUUCUCCAGUAUUCCGUAUACCCUUUCCCGAAAUUAAAAUCUGCAAUGAAAAUCAAUUAAACUGGGACCGUCUAGAAGAGGCCAAACAUCUGUUUAUGCCCCACGAAAAUGAUACCGAGAAAAUACGCCUGUUUGAAAUGGUUAUUAGUCUGUAUGACAAUAUAACAUUUGGAGUAUUUAAGCAAUUUGGUGUCCUAGAAGGUGAACCCCUAGAACUGGUGAACAGUGUCAACUUUACUUUAGUUUUUGAAUUCAUGACCUGGCGUUGCGAGGAGUUAUUGGCGGAUUGUAAAUGGCGUCAUUUUAAGAUAAACUGUUGUGAUAUUUUUGUGAGAAGCAAAGGACAAGACGGUCUUUGCUGGCACUUUAAUACUCUGUCCACAAAUGAAACCAGACACAAACAUUUACUGGAUGAUAAAUAUCCCUUGAGAACAGGAGGUUCUGGACCGGAAAGUGGUUUAAUUGUGCAUGUCAUGUUGAAUGAAGAGAAGCACUAUCGUCAGCAUAAUAAAAAGGGCAUUUGGGUAGCCAUAUUUGAACCAGGAGUUUUUCACAGAGAUCCCUUAUUUGUGCCAGCCAAUACCGAGACUGUGAUAGAAGUGGAACCAGUUGUUUAUUUCUAUGAUAAUGGCACCAGAAGUUUGCCACCCUCACAAAGGAAUUGUAUUUUUAAUGAUGAACGUCACAGUUAUGAUUUCAAAUCCUUGCCUGGUUUCAAUUACAUGCUGGAAAAUUGCUACUCACAGUGCCAUCUAGACUAUUUACACAGUCGUUGUAACUGUACCAUGCAUAUAUUGUUUCCAACAGUUCAAUUUAAAGACUGUAAUGCUGAAGAUUUAUUAUGUUUGGCUAAAUACAAUGAUAACUUUCAAUUUACCCAUCAAUCUGGCGAAGAGGACUUUGUACGUAGUACAUACAAGGGCAUGGUUUGCAAAUGUAUACGCAGUUGUUAUUCAUUUAAUUAUGUAGCGGAUUUUAGACCAUCAUUUUUGCCAGCACAUCACCACGACAAGAAAACGGUCAUUGAUUUAGACAUACAUUAUCGUACCGAGACAAUGUUUGUGUAUCGCACCAGUUUGGUAUUUGGUUGGGUGGAUUUAAUGGUGGCUUUUGGCGGCAUUGUUGGCCUAUUUCUGGGCUGUUCUCUUAUCAGUGGCAUGGAAUUGGUGUAUUUUGUUUUGAUUGAGUUGCCAGUUUUUAUGUUUAAUGAAUUGAAAUCUAAAAUCAAGACAAAGAACUUCGAUAAUCGACAUAAUAAGCUGAAUAAUGGGAAUUUGAAUACCAUUGAGAAUUUUCAAAAUAAUCAUUUAAUUUAUAAGAACUAUUUCAGCAACAAUAAGGACACUAUGCAACACAAGUCACAGAAUUACAAUUUGGCAAAUAAACAACAUAUUAAGUAA